AUGCAGUCCAUAGAUGGCUAUACGCUUUUGGAAAAGGGGGUCGUGGCCCCUAGUUCGACUAUCGCUCUCGACCAACCGAGACGAUCCCCGCUCUAUCACCUAAAGACUCUAUUUCUCUUCACCAAAAGCGAUUUCAAAACCGUCAUCUUUCCUCAGAGCAUAUUCGCCAUUACAGCGGCGUUGUCGACAGCGAGGUUAACCACAGCAGAUCUGAGUGAAGAUGUGUCUACACGGGCCUGGCAACUGGCCUCCCGUUUGCCAUUGAUGCUUGCGUGGAUCUGGCUGAACCUCCUGGUGGAAGAUUUGGCGAACCAACGCCUCGAGGGAUCCAUUAUCGAGGACACAGUCAACAAGCCAUGGAGGCCGCUGCCCUCUCAUCGUCUAACGGCAGACCAAGCACGGGAUUGGCUCAUUGUUGCUAUUAUAGUCGCCGUAGGGUCGAGCCUGGUCUUGGGCGGCUACACAGCCAGCGUCACCCUAAUGCUCUUUAUAUGGAUGUACAACGACCUGGAUGGCAGCAACAGCGGCAUUUGGAUACGAAAUGCCCUCAAUGCAAGCGGCCUCAUGUGCUUCAGUUGGGGUGCGUUGGCGGCAUUGUCAGGCGGCGAAUUAUCACCCCGAGGCUUCACCUGGAUCUUGGUAACUGGAGCCAUAAUAAUGACAACGGUUCAUGCGCAGGAUCUGCCAGACAUUGAAGGCGACAAGGCACGCGGACGCCUAACCGUGCCCCUGCUGUAUGGCGAGACAGCAGCACGGUUGUCCCUAUCCGCCAUGGUCAUGCUCUGGGCAGUGGCGUGUCCGCUCUUCUGGGAUGCGUCGGCGUGGGGAUGGGCGGUCUCGACAAGCCUCGGAGGCGCCAUGUCAGUGCUUGCGCUGCAGAAGCGAGGCCAGUGGUGGGACGAAGUGGUGUGGAAAUUAUGGUGCCUUUGGAUAGCGGCGCUGUAUCUGCUGCCAGCGCUUGGCAAAUGA